AUGUCCGGCGCAGAGCCUGGGCCGAGCCGGAGCGGGUUGCCCAAUGUGGCAUUAGCAACGACAACACAGCAGAGCUAUAUCGACCCGGUGACUCCUCAACUCGCUUCGCCCCAGAUCGCCAACCGUAUCAACCUCGUCACCUACGGCCAAUCCACCAUCAAGGCACUCAUCGAUCCAAGCUUGCCCGUCCAGGACGUCAUUCGCCAGCUCUGUGCAAAUGCUCAUCUUGGCGUCCAGGAGCCGCCCGCUCUGUUUGCACUCAGAGACGAUGACGACGACGAACUCAUCGACGACGCCAACAUGGCCCGAAAGAUUGAAGCUGGCGCCAAUUUCAAGCUGUGCUCCUCCCCGACCAUCGAGGCGGUCGAAAUGGUCGACAAGCUUAGCUCGCGCGAUGACAGAACAUUGAAAAUGGCCACCUACACGCUUCAAAGGCUCAUCAAAGAACCUGCGUUCACGGACGAGUUUGUCGCAAGAGGCGGCGUCAGGGAGCUGUUGAACGUCAUUCGCAAUCAUUCGUCUGGCAACACCCUAGCAUAUGCGUUGACCAGCUGUCAGAACCUCAUGGAAGGCUUCGAGUAUGGGUGGGACAUUAUCGACGCCGCCUUUGUUGCCAAGGUCGUGACUCUGCUCGUGACCCAAGAACGCAUCAAUGUUUGCCGACCCGCUACUGCCAUCCUCAAGAAGCUUGUCGUGUCUGGCCCUCAAGACUCUCCAAAGACGGGUCGGGUCGUCACCGACGGUGGUCACGUUGCCACCACCUCGACUCCAGCCGUCUAUCGGUACGGCUUCGAAUUUGUCUACAACGAGAUUCAACGAGAGCGGCUCUUCCUCCAAACUCUCGUCAAUCGCAUCGGCAGUUCAGAUACGACGCUCAAGCUUUAUAGUCUCAGUCUCAUCAACAGCCUCUUGCGCAACGUCUCGGACGACUUGUUCGAAGGAUUUACCUCCGAACUCGAGAAGCUCAACGCUUCCAAAGCCGUAGCAUGGCUCAUGGACUCGAGUCGUGGGGACGAGCUGGCCUCUUCCAUCCUUGAGUAUCAGAGCAACGUCAUCCGAGCCGCACACCGCCGCAUGCGCAGCGUUGUGACUCCCACGGACAAGCGCCAUGUCCACGCCCUCUCAUACAUCUGGCUGCAGGCCAAGAUCAGUGAUGUUGUUGUACCAAAUCAAGCAGCACCGCAUACUGGCUCUUCAAACAACGACUCGAGGCUCUCCGUGGGGUCGUCCACUCGGUACAAAUGGCGACGCAUUGGGUUUGCAUCGGAAUCGGCUGCAAAGGAAUUCGGACGCACCGGCUGGCUGGGUCUCUCCUGUCUCGAAUCGUUCGUCCGCUCGGAUCCAGAGACGUACUCCAAGAUCAUUCUCGAGCAGAUCAAUCGCCCCGAGGAGCGACGCUGCAUGCUUGCACGAGCCUCGAUUGAAGUCACCUCGAUCCUCGCUGACCACUGGAAUAUCGAGUCGGGCUCGUACACCACUUCCACCACCUAUCUGCCUUUUCUACUGUCCUUCUCCAAAGUGCACCACCUGGCGUUGCGCUUCUUUCUGCGCAUGUGGAACGAGUCGGGUGCAGCAGCUUCCGACUUUGCCCGCGUGUCGGCGCUGGUUCGCAGCCAAGUCAACGAGGCGUUGGGCAAGCAGGACGAGACCAGCAGCACCUGGUCGGAACUCGAAGAUGCGUUCCUCAACUCAGAAUACCGCACAGUACGCGACAGGCAGAUGAAGGAGCUCGAGGUGGAUGAGGACUAUAACUCCAAGGCGUCGAUGCGCAACCUGCGUGGAAGGAUCUACCGGGAGAGCUACGAGUUUGUUCGACAACAGCGCAUUCAGUGCCUGCUUGAAGGGGCGUGGUUCCGAAACGUGACGAGUCCAGCUGCUAGCGCACUUGGUAACAACAGCAAGCAACGUAGGAUUUCCACUAGCACCGUCGAUACCGCCGUACCUGCAGCUCGUCCUACGGGCAAUGGUGCCGCUUCAGGCACACCCAAGCCGUGGCGAUUCUACCGACUGGCACCGAACAAGAAGUUCCUCUACUACUGCGACUCGUCGGAGCGCUUUCCCAUCCGAGGCGGGCUGGAUGAUCUUGCGGAACGCAUCGAUCUGAGCCUGGUGACUGAGGUUUCGCACCACAGCGGUGCUGGUGAUACGGCGGCUGGUGGUGCCAAGAAGCCGACUGGCGAGCUGGUAAUCAGCCUGCUGCAGUCGCCUGACGCAAGCCUGGCCGAGAUGCAAGCACUGAACGCGAGCCAAUUCUCCGAGUGGACGGAUGGCCUCACCAUGCUGCGCAGCGAAGGAGGCGUGGUGAGUACGCGCGAGACGGCCGACUUGAUCCAGACGCUGACCGAGAUCGGCAUCAAGGUGAAGUUGCUCGAUCUCACGGGCGAACAGAUCGAGCUGCCGACCACUGUGCAGCCACCACCGCUGCCGUCUACCACCGAGUUUUUCUUUGCCGAGCUGUAG